AUGUCCGACGCGUUCCAGCGAAAGCCCCUCCCCUUCAUUGCCAACUUCACGGCCGGUGCCAUCGCGGGCAUUUCAGAGAUCCUGACCUUCUACCCUCUCGAUGUCGUCAAGACGCGCAUGCAGCUUGCCACCGGGCGGAGCAAGAUGGGGGUCGUGACCAGCUUCCGGACCAUCAUUCGGGAAGAAGGGUACGUUCGGCCGUUUGUACCGUGGCUUGGUGCCCCAUUGCUCAUGGAGGCCCCCAAGCGCGCGACUAAGUUCGCCGCCAACGACUUCUGGGGCAAGUCCUUCCUUUCUCUCACUGGCAAGACAAAAAUGGACCAGUCCCUGGCAACUGCGACCGGCUGCAUGGCCGGGGUUACGGAGAGUGUGGUUGUUGUGCCUUUUGAGCUCGUGAAAAUCAAGUGCGCUGCAGGACAAGUCGAGCACCUUAAGGGCCCGCUGGACGUCAUUAAACAGGUAGUUGCGAAAGAUGGCCUCCUUGGGCUCUACGCGGGGAUGGAGGCGACAAUGUGGAGGCACUUAUGGUGGAACGGAGGCUACUUCGGCAGUAUCUUCCAAGUCCGGGCGAUGCUUCCCAAGCCUGAGUCCAACUCGCAAAGACUGACAAACGACCUGAUUGCGGGGACGAUCGGAGGGACGAUCGGUACAGUCAUCAAAUCGCGCAUACAGUCGGUGACCAAGGUGCCUGGCGUCGUCCCGAAGUACAACUGGACGUAUCCUGCGCUUGUGACGAUGGCUCGUGAGGAGGGUCUUGCUUCGCUAUACAAGGGUUUCGUGCCGAAGGUCAUGCGUCUCGCACCCGGAGGCGGUCUCCUCCUGCUGGUCGUUGAGGCGACGCUGAACAUGUUCCGCCAAGCUCUCGGACCACCGUACAUCUAG